ACUCCAAAUAUGGCUAUCCUUAUGAUGUCACAAGGACAGCUCAUUCUUACCGCGUGUAGUCUGGUAUCUAGCAUCUGGCUCGCCCUCUGACAAGAUGGCGUACCAUUCAGGAAAGCCUAUGGAAGAUCUUCGCUUUAAAGACGACGGUCUGUCGACUGUGUCUUCUGAAGAGCAAGAAAAAGUCGAAAGUUCAGUCGCGAGAAAUUACUCUGCUUAUUUGCGGGUCUCUAAUCUCGAUCCUGGACUGCCCUUGUUCCGCCAGAAGCACAUUCAGUACCUCAAGCGAGGCCUGCAUCACUUGUCGGAAGCUUACGAAUGUCUGGACGCCAGCAGACCGUGGCUUUGUUACUGGAUUUUACAUGGACUAGAACUACUGAAUGCAAAAAUAGGUGUUGAGGAAUACUCGCAAACUGCUGAUUUUCUCAAGCGUUGUCAAGAUUCCGAGGGUGGCUUUGCAGGGGGUCCACAACAAAUUCCUCAUCUGGCCCCAACUUAUGCCGCAGUUUGCGCGCUGUGCAUCUUGGGAACUAACGAAGCAUAUGACGUCAUUGACAGGCCCAAGCUCAAGUCAUUCUUGGCAACUUGCCGCACAUCAGAGGGUGCAUUUACAAUGCAUCGUGAUGGUGAAGUGGACAUCCGAGGUGCUUAUUGUGCAGUUGUUGCAGCGCAUCUGACAAACAUCAUGUCCCCAGAGUUGUUUGAGGGCACAGCCGAGUGGAUUGCUAAAUGUCAGACCUAUGAAGGUGGAUUUUCAGGUGAGCCUGGAUUGGAAGCCCAUGGAGGUUAUACAUUCUGCGGUUAUGCUGCAUUAGUGUUGCUGGGGAAACAUAACGUAAUUGACAACAAGCGUCUUCUUAGGUGGGUGGCAAGUCGCCAGAUGCGUUUGGAGGGAGGUUUCCAAGGAAGAACAAACAAACUGGUUGAUGGCUGCUACUCGUUUUGGCAAGGUGGAGUGUUUCCUUUGCUUCACACUGUUUUUGAUGCCAGUGGUGAUGGAAAUUUGCUGAGUGAUGAGAAAUGGUUGUUUGAUCAAGUAGCCUUGCAAGAUUAUUUAUUAAUAAAUUGCCAACUUCAUCAUGGGGGACUGGUAGACAAACCUGGCAAAUCCCGAGACUUUUAUCACACCUGUUAUUGUCUUAGUGGGUUAUCUGUGGCUCAACACUUUGUCAACAAAUAUCAAACCAAGCUGACAUUAGUGGGUGGACAGGAAAAUGUGCUUUCUCCGGUACAUCCAGUAUUUAACAUUGGUAUACAACAUGCAGCUGAUGCCUUGGAGUACUUUAGAAAACUGCCGCUUAUCUGAAAACUAUUGAAAUUAUUAAUAUAUUUGCUGUAAAUUGACUACAAUACUUUUUUAACAAAAUUAGAUUUAAUUUAAUUAACAACAUUCUGCUGCAGGGAUGCUUGACUUAUGGCUGAUGUGCUUAUUUACCUUUAGUUUUGGUAUAACUUGCAGAAUUAUGCAAUCCUUUGCUGUGAUAUACCAUGAAAUAUCUCCUUUAGGUUGGUAUUUAAGUAUACUUACAGUUGUGUGAGCCUUAGGUGACUGUGUGUAUAGAAGGAAAUUGAAUUCACAUUAGGGAUAUUUAUGGUAUACCUUAAGAAAGCAUUCUGUACCUAUUUAUCUCAUAAAUGAACAUAUUUUCUAAAGACAUUGUUGUGCUGCAUCAGGGGACAGUAAAACUUUGAUGUUUUGUGAACAUGAACUUGAUAAAGGUAAAUAAACUGCUGUAGCAAGUUGGUAAAGCUGACAUUCAGAGUGUUUGCUCCAAACUUGAAAUGUCAGUUUUACAAACUUGCAAAUAGUUUACUAUUUAACCCAUGUCUCCUUUGGACUUAGUAUGACUUAAUUAUGUUGUACUUCAUAAAGACUGGCCAAAAAUUUACAACUUGUUUCCAAAGAGCUACCAAUGUGCAAAACAAGUGGUGUCCAGUAGCCUGGAGCUAGUGGAGUUGUAGUCAGACAAGUGGAUUAUACCCUUUACUUGCCUGAAUGUUUGAAGAACUCUUAUUACAGAAGUACAGUGAGAGAUGAAAUUGUUGUGCUAGUUUAAUUUUAAGUUUAACUUUAAUACUAGUAAGACAAUUUUGGGGGUUCAGUGAGAUUGACUUUUGAGCUUGUACAUCACAGUUUCCUUGCCUGAAAAUUGGUUUUCUUUGCACUCUGCUUGGAAACAUUAUCCAAAGGUCAUUGAUAAUUACUUAUUUAACCAGUCUAUGAUAAACUUCGCCCAAUGCCAGAUGACUAUAAUGUUAUAUCCAUGAGAUACUGCUGAUUCAGCAGCAGUUUCUUGCCAUGUGAUUGGCUGCAUUCUUAGCAUUAGAUAAAUAAUGUUGCACUGGUUUUGGAACAAAGCUGGUAUGAUGUACAUGAAGUGUACCAAAAUUCUGAAAAUGCUCAUGAAUAGAUACUCAGUUUGUUAGUUAGCUACAUUAGUUUUACUUUUAAAUAUUAAAAGCACUGCUAUCAUAA